AGCGGCAACGAACUUUUACUGAAUAAGAGAAAUAUAUACGAUUCUCUACCCCUGAGAAUUUUACUAAUUCUCCACGAUUAGUUCGUCGCACAGUGCAAUACUUCGAAUCUAAAUAAAUACACUGGCUUUGCCAAUUUAGCGUAUAAAAUCGCAGGGUUUUACUUUUGGAAAUGUCAACUUGUGACUCUCUGGAUGUGAUUUUAGAACAGCUAUGCGAGAAACUGCGAAAUCUUGAAACAGUAACUGUAUUUUUUCAAAAUGGUCAAGUGAUAAAAGACGAACUUCUUAACAUGCGUUCAAUAGUUACCCAGAUCUCUAAUGGGGUGGAAGUCGAGAGGCAGAGGGUAAGCCAAAUGAGGGAAGAGAUCGAUGCGAUGAAGGAUUUAAUAUCAAAGCUGAAUCGUUUGGAUCAGAAGAUUAUUCAUAUGGACAGGAAUGUGCCACAGAGAUUGUUAAAUGAUUAUCAAAUAGUUGAAAGCUCAACAGCAAAGAUUAAACCCAAGAAGGAAAUCUCAAUAGCAACACCAACACCUAUGAAAAACUGCAAGAAGAUGUUGUUCAAUGAGCCUGAAGUCUACUAUACAAUACCUUUGAUAACGCAGGAAGAGUUUAGUAAAAUACCAAAAUAUAUUAUAGGAAGGCAGUCAUUAGACGCUGUAAACAGUUUAGUAAACACUAUUAAUGAGAUAAUUCAGGCGAAGUAUACAUUUCUGUCGUUGGGGAAAGCCCAUGCCAGGAAGCAGGGCGACUUGAAUCUGUUUUUAUAUUAUAAGAGACAAGAAAUGGAUAUGAACAUUGGAAAUGAAUGCGUGUACUUCUUCACUAACGAAGACUAUGAGAAGCAUACGACAACGAAGUUGAACAAAAUCAAGUUGAAUCUAUUGGUAGUAUUAAGACACUGCAAGAGAAUAAGAGAAUGGAGAUCGAAAAAUGACACGCGAUACGUGAUAUGCACCGGAUGAAACGCGUGUAGAUUAUCUACACGUAUUCACGUAUGUACAAGUUUAUCUACUUGUACAUACGCGAAUAUAAGAAAUUCAUUUAUUUGUACAGACGCGAAUUAUUUUCUUAUCAUAUGUAAGAUAAUUUUAAUGCUUAAUAAUUAUGUAAGCACAAAUGUGCAUUAUUGCAUUCUAACAAUCAUCGUCCAUUUGUAUUUUUGAGAUGCCUACGGUCGAAUAAUAAACUGCGUAUUUUUGA